UUUUCUAAAAACAUAAUAGAGCACAAAGACAGUCACAAAACUGUUUCACACAAAAGUUUAAACUUUGCAUCGCUACUUUGUUAUACCUACAUGAACAUAAAAUGCAUCAUAUUUGGAUAUUCACACUAAUAACACUUGCUCUUGGUGGUCAUAUGCAAGACCUUAAACAAGAUGCCAGAAAGAAGUUAACAUGUGAUACAAUGUACUGUGCCAUUGGAUCAGAAUGUGUUGAACGGUAUGGAAUAGCAGAGUGUGAAUGUAUUAAAAGAUGCAUGGGUGAUGCAAAGCCGGUGUGUGGCAGCAAUGGCACCCACACAAAAACAUACAAAAGUCUUUGCCACUUGCAGCAAGCAUCAUGUUUACAAAAGGAAAAAGAAACAAUAAAAUUGGUUGCUGCUAUGUCAUGUGAAGAAGGAAAAGAAAAAGAGAAGAUGUUGACAAAAGAAAUAGAAAUGGAUCAAAGUAAACCAAAGCCCAUUGUUUGUAUGCAGCGAGAUCGGGACAACAUCAGAGAGGCCAUCAUUGAUUGGUUAAAAAAGGAGUUAAAGUUGGAGUUUAAUGAUAUUUCUUACAAAGGUUUACUAUUGAAAUAUUUUAACAUGCUGGACACCGAUGGUGAUGGUGCAUUAGACACAAUGGAGUUUAUGAAACUCCUAGAGAAAGAUGAUUCAAUAUCCAAGAAAUUAUCCACAGAUACUUAUUCCAAUCCUAUACUACGUGGCUUGUGUUUGAGUGAAUUAAUGGCGAUUACAGAUGUGAAUUCAGAUUACAAACUAGAAUUUGAUGAGUUCCAUAAAUGCCUACAUCCAAGUUUUUAUCCACCCAAAGAAGAAUGCGACUUAGAUGGUGUAGCAUAUGACGAAGGAGAUGUGAUUCCACAAGGAUGCAACACAUGCAAAUGCGCUUGUGGUCACUGGGUGUGUACGCAACUCAAAUGUGGGAAAGAAAAGGAAGAUCACUGAUAACGUCAGCCGUACAACUCACAACAACUAAAGUGACAUGGAUCAUAAGCCAUAGUGUGUAACUACGCGUUUGCGUACCAGUGGUAAAACAUGUCAAUACUUUAUAAACGUGUUUAUAUCCAACUUUUUAUAUUUAUCUAAACCCAUAGUUAACUUUAACACAUUUUUCUACAAUGUUUUGAUGGAUAUGGCUACCAUUUUGUUGUUUGAUCGACCAUGCCAAAUUUGUUUGUGUAUACUUUUUUUAAGAAAACCAUUUCGUAAAAAAAUGCCUUGUUUUAUUCAUA